AAACCCAUCUGCAAGUAUGUUGUCCCUGUCCGUGAUGGUGGGCCUGGUCCCAAUAGUGUCGCUCUUCGGUCUGUUCUACUCGGCUGCAGUGGACGAGAACUUCCCUCAGGGCUGCACAAGCAGUAGCAGCGUGUGUUUCUACAGCCUGUUGCUGCCCAUCACCAUCCCCGUCUACGUCUUCUUCCACCUCUGGAGCUGGAUGGGGAUCAAGCUUUUCAGACAUAACUAGGCUGUUCGGAUUCUGCUUUUGUUAAAGGGGGAAAAAAAACUCCACCUGAAAGCACUUCAGUGCAGUUGAAGCAUCUGUGAAGCAUCUGUGAUGUACCUUGCAUUUCCGGACCCAUUUAGUUUGUUGUUUAAUACUGUAAAAGGUAAAAAUAAUAAAAGAAUGUACAGUUAAGUUUAAUAGCAGAAUAUGUUGCUUUUACUGCAAACCCUAGAAUGAAGUACUGCUGUUAGACACGUUGCAGUGUUUUAGACUUGGGUGCACAUAAUUGGCAGGGAGUCUAGGGGUCCUCCCUCAAGAAAAUGUUACGUUGUCAAUAAAAAAGAAAUGACUGCAAUUUCACAUAA